AUGCCUGUCCCAAUCCGUACAUUAACAGCAGCAGCUGGUCUUGGUUUAACAGGCGUAGGUGGUUAUUAUUACAUACAUACAAAGCAGGCAAUCAAAGAAGCUGCCACGCCUAUCACUGUAAAAGAAUCUUUUGUACCUAAACAUUAUGAUUCGCGUCCUUUUACUUUACUCACAAGUCAAGAGAUUGAUGAACGAUUACGUGCAGGUCAAUUUAUAACCAAAACUAAGAAUAUAAAUAAUGUGAAAGCUGUUUAUACAAACCAAUUGCCUUCCAAUAAUCCUGUUGAAGAUAAUUAUAGUAUUCAUACUUUUCAAAAUGGUUUAAUUGCUGGUGUUUAUGACGGUCAUAUUGGUCCUCAAUGUUCUCGAUUGAUCAAAAAGCAACUCCCUAUUUAUAUGGCUCGUGAAUUAGAGCUUAAUUAUAAUAAUGAAUCUCAGGAGAAGGCUAUCUCUGAUGCAUUUGAAUAUUUAGAUCAAGACAUUCAACAACGUUUUUAUGAUCUCUUUCCUAAAAACAUAAAACGUGUGACUGAAAGAGAUAUUCGCGCUGCUAUUGAACGCCAACCUGAUCAAGCAGCUACACAUGCUAUUAUUAGUGAAGCCAUUCAUGGUUCAUGUGCUUGCACUGUGUAUCUAAAGGAUGGUAUUGUUUACUCUGCUAACACAGGCGAUUCUCGUGUUGUCAUCGUAAGUCAAGAAGAAGAUGGUACUUGGAAGGGUAGACGAUUAGUUGAAGAACAAUCUCCUGCUAACCCCGAAUGGCGUGCUCAUAUGCUCUCUCAACAUCCUUCAAAUGAAUCUGAUGUACUUGUGAUGAGAAAACGUAUAUUUGGUUUGAUUGCGGUUGGUGGAUCAUUUGGUGAUAUCAUGUAUAAAGUCCCUGUGGAAUACCAAAUGAAAGUAUUUCCGUACAUUCCUUAUGACAUUUAUAAAACAUUUGCACGAUAUCAUCAUCGUAUUGUUGCCAAUUAUCGUACGCCUCCUUAUCUUCAAUCUAAGCCACUUGUUUCUCAACAUAGGUUAGAAAAGAAGGAUCGAUUUAUUAUUUUGGGUACAGAUGGAUUAUGGGACGAAUUAAGUUGGACUGAUGUGCGUAGUAGUGACGGAGAUGAAGCAGCAGCCAAGAUCAUGAGUCAAUGGAAGAAGAGCACCGAAGCUAAUCCUGCAACCCAUCUUAUACGACAGGCUCUGUUAUUAGAUGCCGUAUAUAAAAAUAUAGGAAUAAAAGAAAAAGUAGAAGAUGAAAGCUAUGAAUUAUCAAAACGAUUGACAAGAAAGCCCUCUCGUAAUUAUCGAGAUGACAUUACUGUUACUGUGAUUGAAUUAACAAAUAAAGAGGAUCAAUCUGACAUUGUAACUGAUACAGCAGCACUAGGGCCUAUGUAUGAAGCAGAAGAAGUAGAUAUCAAUGUUCCAAGAUUAGUUGAUCCAAAUAGAAAAUCUUCAUGGUUUUCUGGUUGGAUUUGGUCUAGGCUUUAA